CCUGGCUUUUCCGGGGCCAGCAUGGUGCUGGAGGGGCUCAAGGCCAAGCUGCGGCGCUGGAGCAGGCAGCUCUGCUACUCGCUGCUGCUGUUGCUUUAUGCGGGGUGGCCUGCGUGCCUCACACCCCCCCUUUGUUACAGGCUGGUCUUCGGGAUGCUGUACCCUGCCUACGCUUCCUACAAGGCUGUGAAGGCCAAAAACAUCCGGGAAUACGUCCGCUGGAUGAUGUACUGGAUCGUCUUUGCGCUUUUCAUGGCCACGGAGACCUUCACCGACCUGCUCAUCUCCUGGUUUCCCUUCUACUAUGAGAUUAAGAUGGCCUUCGUCAUCUGGCUGCUCUCCCCCUACACCCGGGGGGCCAGCCUGCUCUACCGCAAAUUUGUGCACCCCACGCUGUCCCGCAAGGAGAAGGAGAUUGAUGCGUACAUCAUCCAUGCCAGGGAGCGCAGCUACGAGACGAUGGUGCGCUUGGGCAAGAGGGGCCUCAACGUGGCAGCCACGGCCGCGGUCCAGGCAGCUGCCAAGAGCCAGGGCGCGCUGGCCGGGCGGCUCCGCAGCUUCAGCAUGCAGGACCUGCGCUCCAUCCCCGACGAGGCCCCCGUGCACUACCGGGACCCCCUGUACCUGGAGGAGCAGGAGAGCCGCAGGCAGCUGCUGGCCUACAGCACGCCCUCGGCCAGCCAGCAGUAUGAGAGCGAGACGGAGGACGAGGAGCUCUGGUCGGACUCGCAGGUCUCGCCCGAGCCUUCGCCCCGCAGCCGGGACCCCAAGCCCCUCUCCCGCAGCCAGAGCCUGUGCACGACGAAGAAGAAGACGCCGGGCAAAGAGGGCUCUUCCCGGCUCUUGCACAGCCGGACCAGGAAGAAAGCGGCUCCGCCGGAGCAGGACAGCUAACGGCCUCGGGGAAACCCUCUGCCAGGAGUCUUAACACGAGUUUGCUGCUGCAGCACCAGGAGGGAGCCACGGUUCAUGCGUCCCCGGCCCCGGGGAGGGGGGCUCCCCCCUGCAUUACACUGUAAAUACCUCCUCUGACCUCUGCGCUGUGCACCUCCGGCUGCCUCGCGGAGGGGAGGGCAGCUCGGGCCCCCACGCUGCUCCCGGCUGUGCCCCUUCCCAGACCCCGCUGCUGCGGAUCGGUGCCAGCACCUCUCCCGUGGGGUCCGGCCCCCCGCCUCUCCUCCCACCCCAUGAACACUAGGGGCUCUGCUGGGCACCCCCCUUCUCCUGCUGCCGUGAUGCCUUACUCCCCACAUCCCCUCUCCCCUGGGAGCUAGCGAGGGGACAUGCCUUGUCCCAUCUGUCCUCUGAAGCCAAAGACACGGCCCCUGGCCACGGCCCCCCCACAGCUACAGGCUGACACCCCCAUACUUGAAACCAGGGCACCGGUGCCUGACCGUGCCCUGCCCGGCACCAUGUGGCUUUUAACUUCUCCCCUCCCACACAGGGGGUUUUGUAUGUGGAAAAAUAAAUGUUAUUUCAGACUUU